AUGGCUCCCGGACAGAAGAAAUACGCUCGGAUUCCUUUUUUAUUCCCUGGCGACGCGGAGGACCGGACAUGUCCCGCCUGCGACCGCGAAUUCAAGACCCCUGGCGGCCUCUCUUCGCACCUCUCCACUGCAAAGUCGUGCUUGUGGUACCGGAAAGGUAAAAACAGGGACCUUUGGGCCUCCGUCCCAGAUGUUGUGGAGGAUAUCGCUCGGGAAAAUGCAGUCCCUUCCGGUGCACGAGCCAUGGACGUCGAGGACCGCGACUCCGACUCGGAGGACCUUCUUAACGACUUUCAAGAUGUCUUGGAGAAUAGGGACCUGUUUAGUUUUGUCUUAACAGGUCCCCCAACGGCGUCCUGCUCCUCUGGGGAACCUCAGGCCUCUUCCUCCACUGGUCGCAUCUUCCAGCCGCCCACUGCACCGCCGCAGAUGCUAUCUCUGGACGACGAUGAAGACACGCGGAUCGAAGAAGAGGACCUUCUUGCCGGGAAGGUCAUAAGGAUGGACGCACGGGUUGUUGAAACGUGGAAAGUGUUCUUCUCUGGAGACUCAGACGGGGAGGACCGAAUGGAAGUGGAUGGGGAGGAUGAGGCAGAGGGCCGAGGGGAGGACAUUUGGAGACCUUUCGCAUCGGAGCUGGACUGGAGGGUGGCCAUGUGGAUUGUGAGAGAGGACGUUGGACAGAAUUCAAUGAAUAGAUUUCUGUCCAUCCCAGGAGUACGUAUCUGUCUCAUACUACUAUUUAAGCCUGCUUGA